UAUUGAUUGGAAACAUUCAUUGGAAAUAAAAUACUCGACUGUGCGGAAAAUUAAUUUAAUUUAGUCUAGACGUUUAAAACAAAAUAUCUAAUGGCUGUGUUAAGUUCAGCACAUUAUCCAACGGCAUGGAUCAAGUCGCUCUUCUGUCUCGUUCAUGUUCAAUCCUCAUUUCGAUAUGGCUCUGCUAAGAUUAUCCACGUAGUCUAACCCAGUGAAUAAUGCAUCGGACACCAGCGAACACGGAUGAAAGGGCAGGCUGGUGAUAUUGGGGUAAUCGUACCUACGAGUAAAUUUUUCAACGACCUGAUGUGUUGCGCCUUGGGAUAAAAGAUUGAUAUCCUUUACUCCUGCAGGCAAUUCUAUUCAAGAUAGCAAAAACAACUCGCCACCGAUUGUCAGUAUUCGUGCCUACAACAGCCUCAUAAUAUCUAUCUUCUUAAACGGCUAGCAGCUUGACUCUAAAUUUUCACAUCAGUAAAUAAUACUACACAGACCUUGAAAUAUAGAUAUCCGCGUUGCAAAAGUGUUUUGUUUUUUGAAAAGUAUCUACUUCUUUCACGAUUCAUUGAAGCUUCAUACCAGUAUCAAAGACCUUCAUAAAUGUUGGACUAAAUUUCACGACGGAAUCAGAGCAAAAUAGUUGAGACCAAGUCUCCCUAGAGUAUAAAAUUUCAGGUGCGACUCGUAAACAUUAGAUGAUUCAUUAAACGUAACGAUCUUAGCGUCGCAUCAUUGAGAUGACAUCGACUGAUAAUACGAAAUUCGAGAAGGUAAAUGUUGAUAGACAUAUUCGAGUGAUUAAUCUCGGCAGUCGUAUGCUGGGUUGUCGUCUGCUAGACGCCAAUCCAGUGACAGUGAAGAAGGUGGACGUACUUUUGCGGGUCUUCGUCAUGGGCGGCAUGUCCUACGUUCUGAUCCCAGGUUUAAUGGCGAUGGUAGAAUUUAUCAACGAUUUAGGUUACGUAGCUGAAAUAGGCAGCAACGUGUUAGGCGUGGUUGAAAGCGUCUGUUUCCUCGGGAAUAGUUACUAUCAAGAAUCGAAGUGCAGAAGUUUGGUGCAGAAAAUCCAUCGCGAGUUUUGGGCAAGCCCUUUACCUCCGGAUCUCUUGAAACACGUCCAAUGGUUCGAACGUAUUUCCAUCGGCAUAGGCCUCUACGUUUUCACGGUUUCUCUAUUAGCACUGACAUUCUAUAGUAGCAUACCUCCAAUCUUCCACAACUUCGAUUUGUACGAAGACAUCGAUGCUAUGCGACGGACUCCGCUAAUCAGCAAAUACUUUUACGACCAACGCGUGAGUCCCAACUAUGAAAUAACGUAUGCCUGCCAGAUACUCGGAUCGUUCCUUACAGUAACGAGUUACGUUAUCCUUACUUCAAUCUACGCUCUCAUCUGCAUGCAUCUUUGUGCCAAACUUCGCUUACUUCAAGUGAGAUUAAGCAACAUCGACGCUUCGAUUAGCAACGAAGAGUUCGCCGAAAUCGUGCACGAGCAUCAGUACCUUAUUCGGUACGCCGACGACCUCGAAGAUAUUUACUCCCCGGUAAUUCUGAUACACUUUAUUCUCAGUACUGGUCUCAUCUGCCUUGGUGUGGUCAAGGUAACUGGAUUGCCAGUACAAGCGGGUAUGAUGGAACUCGUACUGUUCAUAAUGUACUUCGCCGCUUCUUUUUUCCAAAUAUUCGUAUUCUGCUGGAUGGCCAAUGAAGUCUUCGUAGAGAGCGAUGAUUUGGCCAGGGCAACCUACGAUUCUCGGUGGUACGAAGGAUCGAGGCAUGUUCAACGCGGGAUUCUUCUGAUCCUCUUGCGUGCUCAAAAGCCAAGCGUUUUGACAGCCGGAAAAUUUUUUCCCGUUACCAUGUCGAGUUUUGGUACGGUUUGCAGUACGGCUAUUUCUUACUACACGCUUCUAAUGUCAAUCCAGUAAAUUGUUAACAUGCGAAUGAACGAUGAUGACUCUUGCCUACUUGAUCUGCACUAUUGCAACAAGAAGUGAAAAAUUUACCGUGUAGCAAAUAUAGAUUGAUGUUCGUGAAAAAAAACAAAAAAAACAACUGUCAUUCGAAAUAAAAU